AUGAGUGUCGCGGGGGAGGCUCUGGGAACUCAGUCCCACUGGGAAGCCCCCCACGCCCGGGACGCGCGGAGGCCUGGCUUCCUCAACAUCUUUAGACACUUCAGGGUGGACGAUUGUAAGCGGUCCACUAAGGGGGGAGACGUGUCCACGGUGACAGACACGACCUUGUAGGGCACCGUUUAUAGCAUCCGGGGCUCCAUCUCGGCCGCCAAUUACAUUCAGCUCCCCAACACCAGCUCCCAGUCUGGGCUGACUGGGCGAUACCUGUAUGUGCUCUUCCAGCCCCUGCCCAGCAAGCACUUCAUCGUCCCCUUGGAUGUGUCCUCUGAGGACGGCCAGGUUAUCCACGUGUCUUUCUUCAAUCUUUUCAAGGAGUUUAAGCCCACAGCCACGUGGCUUCAGUUUCCUUUCAUCUUUGAGGUCAGGGGGUGCAGGAGAGACCUGGUGGGCAUGGCUCCCUGUGACACUCGUUGAACCUGCCUGCAGCUGGACCUGCAUGAUAUCCUCCUGGUCUACCUGAACCAGCAUUACACUCACCUCAAGAGCAUCAGGCUGUAUGCCAGCCUGCUAGUCAGGAACCUGUACACCAGUGACCUGUGUUUUGACUCUGCUGUUACUGUCCCUGGGGCUCAGCGGACAAAGCUGCUUGUCACUCCUGUGCUUCGGGAAAUGGCAUUCCUGGUGCCGAAGGGGGAGAACUGGCAUGACCACUACCUCCAUAUCCAGUUCCCAAGUGACAACCUGAGAGGACCUCCAGAGCCGAUCCAGAUGUGCUGCUCCCCUCCUGAGGCAGUCCUCCUGGGGCCUGUACCACAGCUGCCCCCUUGCCUGGUGGCCUUCAGCAAAUCCCUGCAGGAUGGCGUGUUCCUCACGGCCCAGAUACCUAGUCCCGCAGUUGACUUCUUCCCAGACCCGAUCCUGAGGCUCAAGGCGGUCAUUGACUUCGGUGGCCACAGCAGCAAAUGGGCCCUGUGGGCCAAGGACGGAUUGGCUGUCUACCCCUGCCAUGUGGUCAUCAUAGUCUGGCACGUCUGCACUGGGGAGCAGCGCUUCUUCCUCGGCCACAUGGACAAGGUGGGUGUCUCUGCACUGGACGGGGGCAGCUCGCUGUCCCCACACUGUCUGCUGCUUCAGGUAGACACGGAGUGCCUCCAGGAGGAGGGGAGAGGACAGCCCAGGAGAUGCUGACCCCUCUUCCAUGUCCGCAGCUUUUCCGACAGUGGGGCCCUCCUCUGUGGGGUCGGCAAGGACUGCCACAGGAGAACGAUGGUGGUGGCUUGGGGCACAGGCCAGGUGGGCCUCAGGGGCGAGGUGGUCGUCCUGGCGAAGGUGCACACAGACCUCAACAUCCAGGCCUCCCGCUUCACUUCUUCCGAUGAAACCAGGAUGGCGUCAUGCGAACGGGGCAGUGUGCGGUUGUGGCGACUGGCUGGCAGGGUGCUGCAUUCCUGCCCUCUGGACCUGGGGGAGUACCACGCGUUGCACUUCCCCGACCUCGCCUUCAAGUGGGCCCCAGACGGGUGCUGGGAGACCGUGACCUGCACGCUCUGUGUGUGUAACCGCAGUGGUCACAUCCUGGAGGUCAACCCCCACCGCAUGGCUGUGAAGGCUACCAGCUGCCUGUUGCCCACACAAACUCCAGGUGACUCCCACCUAAAGAAGCAGGCCUUCAGCUCAGGCCCCUGCGUUGCCAUCAGCAGCCUUAGCAUCUCCUCGGCUAUGUGUGCUAUGGGCUCUGAAGAUAGCUACCUCUGUCUCUGGCGCCUGGAUUUCUCCUCCGUGCUCCUGGAGGCAGGUCACGAGGGCCCCGUCAGUUUAGUCUGUGUCGAUUCCAACGGCUUCCAUGUGCUGCCCGCCACCUCGGGCCACCGGGGCUUCCUGGACAUCCCCUCCCGGGAGUACCAUGUGCAUACUCACACCCACACAGCCCCGGUGGGCAUGCUGGCGCUUUCCAUCGAGCCAAGCAGGAGACAGCUGGCUACCGUAUCUUGGGACCACACCAUCCGCGUCUGGAACAUGGCCACCCUGAAGCAGCUGUAUGACUUCAUGUCACCUGCUGAGGCCCCAUGUGCCGUUGCCUUCCACCCUAUGUGGCCGACCUUCUGUGGUUUCAGCAGUGGAACUGUGUGUGCUUUCAGCCUGGAGGCCACUGAGUCCCUGAUGGAACACAAGUGUCACCGAGGAGCCAUCACUGGCCUGGUUGUCACUCCUGAUGGCCACCUCCUGUUUAGCUCCUGCUCCCGGGGCACCAUGGCCCAGUAUGACUGUGCUGUCCCCCAGUGCAGCGUCCUCCAUGUGGCAGUGAAUGUAGCCUGCCAGGAUGCCUCCCCAGGCCCCUGCACACUUUCAGUCAGCAGGGACAGCCACCUGCUGGCCUUUGUGGGCCCCUCCAAGUACACGAGGACUGUCAUGGCCUCAGCCUCUCUGGAUGAGCUGCUACAGGUCGAUGGCAGCAUCCCGGACCUGACUGCAGGCCUCCGGGACUCAGCAGUGGCUGUGAGCUUCAGCCCUGUGGCCCUGGGCCACCUGCUGGUGUCUACCUCGUCUGGCAGAGUUGUGGUGCUGGAAGCCAAGUUGGGCUGCACCAUCCAGGAGGUGAGCCCUGGGACUCCGGCCAGCACCCACCCCAUGGCCUGCCCCUCCCUGGCUCUCCGCAAGGAUGCCUGCCUCUUGCUGACUAUUGCCGGCCAGGCUGUCAAAGUGUGGGACUACUCAACUCAGGCCAGCCCAGGCUCCCGGUGUGUGUCAUGGGCAGGCAGCUGGGAGAUCCUGGAUGCCCAGGUGGAGAUGGGACAGCAGCCUGUGCAGGCUGUGGCCUUCACCCCUGACCAGCAGCAGGUUCUCAGUGUGGGGGACGCCAUCUUUCUCUGGGAUAUCCUGGCUGCUCCUGAGAGUGACCGAAGCUUGCCUGGGUCUCCGCAAGCCUGCAAGACCAGCCUCAGCACAGGACAGCGGGAGGACGUGGUGUCUGGGGACAAUGGGCUCCCCCGGCAGAAGGUUCUGGAGCCAUCCGAGGCAUCCCUGCCACGGAUGGGCAUCCGUGCUGGGCCUCCUGGAGGUGGAGAUGGCACAUUCUCCAAGUUGGAUGAGGAGGGGCCCUGUGAGGAGAGUCGUGGCCUUGAGGGGCUUCGCCAGGCCCCAGGCCCACCCUUGCUGAUGAAGAAGGAGGCCGGCGAGGCUGGAGACAGGACCUGGGAGGCUGCAGUGGGCUUGCACCUCCCCAUCCCUGUGGCCAGCCCAGUGAGCAGUGGAGGGCAGCGCAGGGAUCCCUGGGGACCAAAUUCUAGGUACCUGGAGUACCAGGAAAAGGGGGGCCCAGCCCCUCACCUGCCUGAACUCCUGCAGGCACUUCCUGGCUUGCUGCGAGUCGCUGCCCUUGAGUGCCCCGAGGCCUGUCCCUUGGACAUCGAGCUUGGUGGCUCCCAUGCCUCCUACCCUGGCUUCCCCAUCGAGGCCCCUGGGGCCUCUUUCCCUCCCUCCAGUGGCAAGUGACUGCGUCUGAAGGCUGUCAUAGGGUACAGUGGGGCUGGGCAGGCCAACAUGGUCUGGAGACCGGACACAGGCUUCUUUGCCUACACAUGUAGCCGCUUGGUGGUGGUAGAGGACCUGCACUCUGGCACCCAGCAGCACUGGCUUGGCCAUCCUGAGAUCUCCACUCUGGCCCUCAGCCACAGUGCCCAGGUUCUGGUCUCUGCCUCAGGCUGCAGCAGCAUGGCUGCCCACUGCCAGAUCCAUGUCUGGGAUGUACCUGGGGUCCUCUGCCGGCAUCUCAUGUCUCACCACGACACUGCUGUGCAGGUCCUGGCCUUCUCACUGGACGAUGGGCUCCUCACCAUGCUGGUUCUGUGACAGGGGGACCAUGAUGACCACACCCUCGCCCUGUGAAGCAUGGCCACCUAUGACGUCGUGUCCUCCACCCACCUCUCGGAGCCAGUGCAUGGCAUGGCCUUCAGCCCCUGGAAUGCUGGCGAGCUCACCUGUGUGGGCCAGGGGGCCAUCACCUUCUGGCUUCUGCGGCAGCGCAGUGCAGACCUCAGCCUUCAGGUGCUGGGCCACUGGGUUGCGCGCUUGGGUCCAGACCCUAGAGUAGUGGGGGCCAGCAAGCUGACCUCGCUCUGCUAUGGUACACCACCACUGCUCUACUGCGACUCCAGCUCUGGCCAGGUCUGCAUGUGGAACGCACAUGCUGGCUGCUGCUUCCUGACCUGGGAAGCAGACAACUGCGAGCUUGGAGUGCUGCUGUGCUCAGGCUUGCAGGUGGUCAGCGGCAGCAACAUGGGGCGGCUGCACCUGUGGACUGUGAAGGCCAUGCUGGAGCUGAGGUAUGAGGGCGCCAGUGCCAGCUCUGUGUUCAUGGAGCACAAGCUGACCCUGGAUGGGGCCGUUGUGAGCUCCAGCUUCAGUGACAGUGUGGACAUGGGUGUUGUGGGCACUGCAGUGGGCAUGCGGUACGUCAGCUGGGCUGAGGGCAGUAGCACCCAACUCAUCAGCAGCCACAGGAGCAAGGUGAACGAGGUGGUCUUUAGCCUUAGUGAGUCACACGGUGCCAUGUGUGGUGAGGAUGGCAGCAUGGAGCUGGUGAUCCAGUUCCAGGUGCUGAACCAGAGCUGCCUUUGCUUGGCAUGGAGCCCCCCAUCCAGAGGAUGCCAGGAGCAGCAGCGGGUGGUGGCAGGCUACGGCAACGGCUCGCUGCGCCUGUUCAGCGUGUUCCACACUGCCCUGAAGCUCAAGGUGUGCCCCCACAUGGCGGCACUGAUGGCCAUCGCCUUCUCCACCAAUGAUGAGGAGCCGGGGCAGAUUGUCCUCUCAGGAGACGAGGACGGGCUCGUGGCUGUGAGCCACCCCUGCACGGGGAUGACCUUCCGUGUGCUGAAUGACUACCGUGGUGCCCCCAUCUCUACCACCCAGAACAUGAGCAAAGAGGUGAAAGACUUAGGUGUGGAGGGCACAGACCUGUGGCUGGUGGCCAGUGGGGACCAGUGGGUUAGUAUCUGGGCCUCCAACUGGCUGCGGGACCACUGUGAGCUCGUGGACUGGUUGAGCUUCCCUACACCUGCCCCCAAGGAGACUUGGGGCCUCCCGCCCUCCUCCCUUGCUGCCUUCUGCCCCUGGGAUGGGGUACUGGUGGUUUACCAGGGUGCUGGAGUACAUCAGGAGGUGACCGUCUACAGCCUCUGCCAGAAACAGAUGGUGGAGAAGAUAUCGCUGCCUUUCUCUGCCAUAUCCCUGAGCCUGUCCCCGGGAGCUCUCAUGGCCAUUGGCUUCGCUGAAUGCUUGCUGAGGUGUGACUGCACAGCGGGGACUGCCCAGGACUUGGCUGGCCACGACAACACGGUGCACCUGUGCAGGUUCACCCCCUCUGCCCGGCUGCUCUUCACAGCAGCUCAUGAUGAGAUCCUGAUGUGGGAGGUCAUGGACCUCUGAACUGCUGCGGGG